AUGCAAAUCUUGGAAUCCAUUCGGCAGGGACUGGAAAACCAGGAGGCCCAUUUGGGGGCUUGCAUAGAUAGGAUGGUUCUAGCGGUGAAUACUCACAUUGAAGGGAUGGAUAGGAAAAUGGAUGCAGUAUCAAAUCAAUUAUCAGUUGUUCAAAGUCGAUCUGAUCAGGCCAAGGCUUCAAAUGUGCAUGAGUCAUUGGCUGAAGUGGCACAGGGUCGCAGACGUGCUCGGCCAGUAUAUAGAAUGCCUUAUCCUGAUCAUGUUGAUGCCCAUGAAUUGCCUAGAAAUUAUCGGUAUCCCGAUUUUUCAAUGUACUACGGAGAAGAGAAUUUUUUUACAGUGCAACACAUUGCGAGGUUCACAGCACAAUGUGGUGAAGCAGGUCCUAAUCCUUGGUUGAGAAUGAGGUUAUUCUCUUGCUUUCUUGCUGGGGCGGCGUUUGAAUGGUAUAGUACUUUACUAGCAAACAAUAUCCAGACAUGGGAUGAAAUGGAAGAAGCUUUUCAUACUCAAUUCUACCAAAUAGAGACAGAAGCCACACUGGCAGACAUAUCUCGAUUAUCUCAGUUGUCAAGUGAAUCGGUUGAAACUUUUGUUGCCAUGUUCAAAAAAGCUAAACUCAAAUGUCGAGUAAGUUUGCCAGAACCAGAAUAUAUCAAGUUAGCAUUAAAUGGUUUAGACAUUAAACAUCGCAAGAGGUUUGACAGAGUGGAGUUUCAAGAUCUCUUCGAUUUAGCAGACAGGGCUUCUCUGUAUGAGGAGAUACUUAAGGAAAAGAAAGAGGGGAAGAAUUCUUCUAAGGGUACAUAUUAUAAGGACCCUAAUUAUAAGGUAUUUUCGGUAAAAGUUGGAGAUGAAUUUGAAGUUAACGUUGCAGAGGUCAAUAUCAAGAAGCCAUACAUUUGUGAGGCAUUGGUUAAGCCUAAGCCGCCCACGGGGGACAACGCAACUUCAGCAUCAACAUCAGCAGCAAGGAAAGGAGUUGCCGAUAUUGGGAAAAACUAUUCUUUUGAUUUAUCAAAAACAGAUAAAUCUUUGACCACUUGA